UAUCUCAAUAUGAAACACUGGAGAUGGAGAAAGUAAAUAUCAAUGGCGACGUCCAUAACACUGCUAUAGUCUUUGCAGCAAGGUCUUAUUACAAUUUACUCGGUGUUAUUUAUCAAAUGAGUCCAAUCGAGUCUCGAGUUCUUUUGUCAGACCAGAGUUAACGGGCAGCAGACAUGGAUUUGAGUGUGUAGCGCGAUAUUUAAUCACCACGCACAGAAAAAGACAGCGGAAGAUAGACACAGCUCGCAUCUCCGUCUCUCAGAUGGGCAGAAAUUUCCUCUGAAGAUUUGCUCUGAAGUCACAGUGAAGAUGACUGAUAGAAUGUUUGAAGAUAAACAACAUGCCUCCCUAUAUCAAAAAUAUCGAUUUGAUCCACCUGGUGAGGUGAAGGAGCUUAUUCUCCAGUAUCUGGACAAAAAGAAAGGAAAGCCCCAUCAGCUGGCCGUGGAUUUAGGCUGCGGAACCGGGCAGAACUCUCGUUCGCUGACACCGUACUUUCAGCAGGUGGUGGGCAUUGAUGUCAGUGAAUCUCAGGUGGAGGAAGCGAGAGCAGUGAAGGGGUUCCCUAACCUCAGCUACAGAGUAGGCACAGCAGAGGAGCUGCCAUUCCCAGAGGGCUCGGUGGAUCUGCUGACGGCUGCGUCUGCAGCUCAUUGGUUUGACACUGAACAUUUCUUAAAGGAGGCUGUACGUGUCCUGAAGCCUCGUGGCUGCCUGGCUUUCUUUGGUUAUGGAGGCAAUGAGAAAAUACACCAUGAGUCCUGUGGUGAUCGACUUAAUAACAUAUAUGAGGAAGUAAAGCAAAUUCUGCUGCCCUACACAAGCACUAGGGUAGCUGGGGCCAGCAGUAAGCUAAAGGACUUAUUUGAAGCCAUACCCUUCCCAGAUAAAGAGAGGAUUGAAAUAAUUCCAGUAAAGCUGCAGCUGAGCAUCAAGGACAUAAUUGGUUUUAUUCAGACGUUCUCCAUGUACCAAGCCUGUCUGAGAGCUGAUCCAAAUGCUGCAACUGCGCUGUUGGAGAAAACAACAUCGCGUAUUCUAGAUGAGAUGAAAGUAUCAUCAACAGAGGCCAAAGUUGACUUUAUAAUGGAGUACUACUGUGUGCUUGCAUGUAAACCUGAGUGACACAUGACUCAGUCACAUGACCCACCACUUUUGUACUGUCAUCCUAGGUGUUUAGCUACUCUAGUUCCUAAAGAGGUUUUAAUCUACUUUGUUAAUCAAGUUGUUAACAAAUCGGUGAGCUUACAAACACUAUUUUUUUUAUUUCACAUGACAGAUUCUGAAAAUAUAAAUCACCUAAUAUUUGCAUUAUGUAUUAUGAUGCUAUGAUGUUACUUUGAAAUAAUUUACUCUAAAAGCACACAUCAAUACAAUGUUUAAAAUAACAAAAAUAUUUUUUUUUGUUGUUUGUUUUUGUUUUUCACAUGAACAGUAAACAUUCCCUGGAUGCCACAUAAAUGUUUACUCCAUCUAGGUUUUGUAAAAACGUAAAUAAAUCUUUCUUAACACCAAUA